UUAGGAAUAAGGCACGAUGUGCUGGCGGAAGCCAAGUGCAAGUCGCCGAAAGCCAUGGACGAGCGGGAGUUCCGGCGCAUUCUCGACCUCUUCCCUGUCGUCCGAUCUCGAGAUUACUGCGCUGCAUCAGAUUUAUCAGCAGGAUCUACUUCAUGCUCAACACAAGAUGAGGUGAUAGAAUGGAAAAAUACCUGGAACAGAAUGGAUGAGAAAGACAACUCAAACGAAACUGAAAGUGAUGAUGCAUUUUGGCAGAAGUUGAGGAGGGCUGCUGAAGGAAAGGUGGGGCCAAAAAGAGCCGAGAAGUUCUGUGAGGCAUUUCGAAUGGCCCAUGAGAAACUAGUGAACAAAGAGUUAAGUGCAGAAGCUGCUCGACGAUUCAUCAAUAAUGGCCACUGAUAAUUAACUGCUGAGUGAAUGCCAUGAGUAUUGCACUCUUCGGGUGCUAUAUAUUAAUGCUUAAAAAGAAGUGUUGCAGAUUCAUGUAGUACCUACAACUCUGUUUCAGUAGCCCUUUGCAAUCGAUUUUAUCAAAUGCAAAAUUUUAAUGUACAAGUUUGGGCAGUUAUUUUUUUUCAGAACUUGAUUAACUUGACCACUAAUAAGCUUGAAAAUUUGAUAGUUGGGUAAUCAAUCAGCCCAUGGAAUUGCCUUCUCA